AUGUGGAAUAGUAUUCUGAAAGACGUGAAAAUGUUUACAGUUACCGUUAUAUUUACUUUCUUGGUUUUCACCAACUUUAGUGACGCUCUGUACUUGGAUUCUACUACAGAGAUAUGUAAGAAUACGAGUGUACGAUGCCUUUCAAACAACACUUACAUAACGUGCGUAAAUGCUGGUGCUUUUACAGUUCUUCUGAACACUCAGUUGACAUGCCCAGAGGGUUACAUUUGUGAUGACUCGGUGUUAUCACAUCCGUGCACUAAAGAAAAGGACAGUGAUUCAACAACAAAAACAACAACAAGUGCUGAAACAACGACACAUAGUUCAAAGAGGACAGGCAGUACAACUUCACAAACAGAUGUGGUAACUGAGGUCACUUCAACAACUAAAAAAGCUCCAAGACCAUCAACUGCCCCAGAAUGCAAAAAAACUGGAUUCUGGCCUGCCGCUAAAUGCACCCAGUAUUAUGAGUGUUUGUCUAAGAGGAAUCUGUUUUUUGGAUACAGUUAUUAUAGUGAACUACGUACUUGCAAAGAUGGUAAAUAUUACGAUACCAGAUCACAAGUUUGUGUAUUACCCGCUGAGAGCGACUGCUGA